AUGGAACUAAAAGCCGGUGAAUCAAAUAAUGAAGAUCUUUUAUCAAGCAGUGGUGUCCCAUCCAAUGGAGGUUCUUCAAGUCCGUUUUUUAUGUCAUCUAUCCGUGGCACAAUCAUUGAAAACACGUCUUCAGCUGCGACAUUGACACAAAUUCCUUUUUUCCCCAAAUAUGAAGUGGAACUUGAUUCUCCUAGAAAAGUCAUCCCGUACCCUGGAAAGGAACACAUCGAACGUGUUUUGGAAGAAUAUUCACAUCAAGUCAAAGAUCUGCAGAGACGACUGAAUGAAAGCAAUGAAUUGCAUGAGAAACAGAAGUUUUACUUACGGCAGUCGGUCAUCGAUUUGCAAACAAAACUUCAAGAGAUGCAAAUGGAGAGAGACGCCAUGGCUGACAUCAGACGAAGGGAGAGUCAAUCCCAGGAGGGUUUAAGAAAUCAGCUUCAAAACACAGUUCAUGAACUCGAAGCUGCCAAGUGCCUUAAGGAGGACAUGUUGAAAGACAGCAGCGCGCAGAUAGAGCAGCUGAGAAAGAUGAUGCUCGGCCAUGAGGGGGUGCUUCAGGAAAUCCGCUCCGUCCUCGCCGACUUCGAAGAAGCCUCAGGCAAGAAAAUAUACGAACACGACAGCGUGUCUACUCUCCACUUCCGCAACAUGGGCUCGGCUAUUAGUAAAAUCCUAAGAGAAUUAGACACAGAGAUUUCUUAUCUUAAAGGGAGGAUAUUUCCAGUAGAGGACCAGCUUGAAGCACUGAAGUCUGAAUCACAGAAUAAGAUAGAAUUGCUUCUUCAACAGCAUCAAGAUAGGAUUGAGCAGUUAAUAAGUGAGCAUGAAAUUGAGAUAACGGGCCUUACCGAGAAAGCCAGCAGUGCUCGAAGCCAGGCCAGUAGCAUCCAGAGUCAGCUGGAAAUCAUUCAAGAACAAGCAAGAAACCAGAAUUCAAUGUACAUGCGUCAGCUCAGCGAUCUGGAAUCUACUGUUUCUCAGCUACGUUCUGAGCUAAGGGAAGCCAAAAGGAUGUACGAAGACAAGAUAGAAGAGCUUGAAAAGCAGUUAGUCCUUGCCAACUCAGAACUAACCGAGGCACGGACGGAACGUGACCAGUUCAGUCAGGAAUCUGGAAAUUUGGAUGAUCAGCUUCAAAAGCUGUUGGCUGACCUGCAUAAGCGAGAGAAGGAGCUGAGUCUGGAGAAGGAGCAGAACAAGCGUCUCUGGGACCGGGACACGGGCAACAGCAUCACCAUCGACCACCUGCGGCGGGAGCUGGAUGACAGGAACAUGGAGGUGCAGCGCCUGGAAGCCCUCCUCAAGGCCAUGAAGAGCGAGUGUCAGGGCCAGAUGGAGCGGCAGAUGGCAGCAAUUCAGGGCAAGAAUGAAAGUCUAGAGAAAGUGUCCUCCUUGACUGCUCAGCUUGAAUCCACCAAAGAGAUGCUCCGCAAAGUGGUAGAAGAGUUGACGGCCAAGAAGAUGACCCUGGAGAGCUCCGAGAGGACCGUAUCGGACCUGACCGCUUCCCUGCAGGAGAAGGAGAGAGCCAUCGAGGCCACCAAUUCAGAGAUCACAAAGCUACGGUCCCGGGUGGACCUGAAAUUGCAGGAGCUGCAGCACCUGAAAACCGAGGGCGACCACCUCAGGAACGUGCAGACCGAGUGUGAGGCCCUCCGGCUACAGAUGGCAGAGAAGGACAAGGUGAUCGAGAUUUUGCGCCAGCAGAUUGAGAACAUGACCCAGCUGGUUGGCCAGCACGGGCGGACGGCGGGCGCCAUGCAAGUGGAAAAGGCUCAGCUGGAGAAGGAGAUCAACGACAGGAGGCUGGAGCUCCAGGAGUUCAAGAUUUUAAAAGAUAAAAAAGAUGCAAAGAUACGGGAGCUUGAGGCCCGAGUGAGUGACCUGGAGCUGGAAAAGGUGAAGCUGGUGAACGCGGGCUCCGAGCGGCUCCGUGCGGUGAAGGACAUCAAACAGGAGAGAGAUCAGUUAUUAAAUGAGGUGAAAACCGGUAGGAGUGAGUUGAACAGCCUCACAGAGGACUACGAAGUCUUAAAAAGGAAUUUCCGAAACAAAACUGAGGAAAUGGAAGCUACUACAAACAAACUGAAAAUGCAGUUGAAGUCCGCACAGUCUGAACUUGAACAAACGAGAAAUACGUUGAAGUCGAUGGAAGGAUCCGAUGGUCAUGCUAUGAAAGUGGCAAUGGGGAUGCAGAAGCAAAUCACAGCUAAAAGAGGUCAAAUAGACGCCCUUCAGAGCAAGAUACAGUUUUUGGAAGAGGCAAUGACUAACGCAAAUAAGGAAAAGCACUUUCUAAAAGAAGAGAAGAAUAAAUUAAGCCAGGAACUGAGUACUGUUGCAACAGAAAAAAACAAGAUGGCAGGAGAACUGGAGGUCCUGAGAUCCCAGGAACGACGUUUGAAAGAAAAGGUCGCGAAUAUGGAAGUUGCCCUUGAUAAGGCAUCUUUGCAGUUUGCGGAAUGUCAAGAUAUCAUACAGCGUCAGGAACAGGAGUCUGUACGCCUAAAACUUCAACACACUUUGGAUGUAAAAGAACUUCAGGGCCCCGGGUUCGCCUCGAACACUUCCGUGAAGUCGCGCCUCCUGCAGCCGCCCACGGCCACCCGCUCCCAUUCCAACGUGCCGUCGUCACAGUCCACGGCCAGCUUCCUGUCUCACCACUCUAUGAAACCCACCACAUUGAAGGAAGAUCCAACAAGGGACCUGAAACAGCUUCUCCAAGAGCUGAGAAGUGUGAUCAACGAGGAGCCAGCUGUGCCGCUGGGCAAGCCCGAGGAGGAAGGGAGAACACCGUCCCUGGGAGUCUCCUACGUGGCUGUAGAUGUUAGAGAAAGAGGUUGCAAAACUGAAUCAAGCCUGAGAUUAGAGAUAUGCCAUAGAAGCAACAACUCAUUAAGGGACUCCACUGAAGGCAGCAAAUCCAGUGAUACCCUCAGCAGAGAGCCUGUCACAUUGCACACGGGAGACUUGGAGGACCCAUCCAGCUGCUUCACGUUCCCGUCCACAGCAAGUCCGUCUGUGAAAAAUUCAGCUUCUCGAUCAUUCCAUUCAUCUCCGAAGAAGUCCCCAGUUCACUCACUGCUGACUAGUUCGGUUGAAGACUCAGUGGGCUCCACAGCCCUGUACAGACCCACGAAGCCGGUGCAUUCUUCUGACUCUGUUAAAGCUUCACAGUCUCAGCCAAUAGAAACAACAGGAAAAACGUGCAGGAAGCUUCAGAACAGACUGGAAAGCUUGCAGACUCUUGUAGAAGAUUUACAGAUGAAGAACCAAGCAAUGUCUUCAAUGAUCAGAAAUCAAGAAAAGAGGAUACAGAAAGUGAAAGACCAGGAAAAAAUGUUACUAAAAUGA